AUGUAUGCUGAGAAUGGAGCCGAGAUCAUUUUCAAUCCUUCUGCAGAAACAGUUGAGAAUAGAAGUGAACCAAUCUGGGGAAUAGAAGGCCGCAAUGCAGCUGUCACUAAUCACUGCUACACAGUUUCGAUUAACAGAGUUGGGAAGGAGUCAUUUCCAAAUGAAUUUACUUCCGGAGAUCGUCGACCAGGUCACAAAGAGAGCGGUCAAUACUACGGCAGCGCUUAUGUUGCUGCUCCAGAUGGUAGUCGCACACCGGGACUAUCGCGAAUAAAAGAUGGCAUCCUCAUUGCUGAAAUUGAUCUGAAUCUAUGCAGACAAACGAAGGACUCGCUUUGUUUCAAAAUGACACAGCGCUUGGAUAUGUAUGCUAAAUGCCUUGCAGCAGUCGCUGAUCCUUGUUAUAAGCCGGACAUCCAUCGCGAAAAGUAA